GUCUCUCUUAUCUUAAUCUCUAAAAUCUCUCUUAUCUCUCUCUCUCUAUAUAUACACACACAUAAUACCCAAACGCUCUCAAUUAGGUUUUCUUCUACACUUGUUCUUCUUCAUUUGCUCUCUUCUUCAUCAAUCUCUCUCUUUUUGUAAACGGCGAUUUUAAAAUGGUUGAUGCAAAACAAGUUCGUUUCAUCAUCGGAGUUAUCGGAAAUGUUAUCUCCUUUGGUCUCUUUGCCGCACCAGCGAAGACUUUCUGGAGGAUCUUCAAGAAGAAAUCAGUGGAAGAGUUUUCGUAUGUGCCGUACGUAGCAACGGUGAUGAAUUGUAUGUUGUGGGUGUUUUACGGUCUCCCUGUGGUUCACAAAGACAGUAUUCUAGUUUCAACCAUUAAUGGUGUUGGGUUAGUUAUCGAACUUUUCUACGUUGGUGUCUACUUGAUGUACUGUGGUCACAAGAAGAACCAUCGAAGGAACAUUUUGGGAUUCUUAGCUCUUGAAGUUAUUUUGGUGGUGGCUAUCAUUCUUAUUACGCUCUUUGCGCUUAAGGGUGAUUUUGUUAAGCAAACAUUUGUUGGUGUGAUUUGCGAUGUCUUCAACAUUGCUAUGUAUGGAGCUCCUUCAUUGGCCAUUAUUAAAGUGGUAAAAACAAAGAGUGUUGAAUACAUGCCAUUCUUGUUGUCUUUGGUCUGUUUCGUUAAUGCUGGAAUUUGGACUACUUACUCGCUCAUCUUCAAGAUCGAUUACUACGUCCUCGCAAGUAAUGGGAUUGGAACCUUUUUGGCACUUUCUCAGUUGAUAGUGUACUUCAUGUACUAUAAGUCAACUCCAAAGGAGAAGACGGUGAAGCCAUCAGAAGUUGAGAUUUCUGCUACGGAGAGGGUUUAGGAGAAUUGUGCUUUGGAUUCUAUCUUCUUACGUACAUUUUACAUACACAAUUUGUGUGUAUGUUUAGGCUUUUGGGUUUUUAUGUUUGGUAGAAUUUUCCAAUCGUUUAGUUUCUGGAUUUUGAGGAUUCGUCUUGGUUCAUUUUCUUAAUACAUUUUUUAUGGUGUGAAACGCUUUGACGGAAAUCAUCAAGUUUUGGAUUUAUUCUAUUUAUGUUUUAGAUACAUUCUGUUUCUUUGUUCUUAUGUUCUUAUGUGUGGUGGACCUAGU